GGAGCCUUUCCCAUGGGGUUCCGCGCACGUUCCAGUUGCGGUACUUUUAAUUGGCUGGAAAAUAUUCUUCCUGUGAAGUUGCAGUUUUCUGGGGCUUGAAUGAGUCCAGUCUGCCAUUGGCUCUGCCCAGCGCCUCCCGAUUGGCUCGGCAGCCCGCGGGGGGGACCGAUAAGGGCGGCUAUAAAAGCCCUCGGCGCUGCUCCUGGUCCCCCAGCGAGCAGGAGCCAGAGGGUCCGAGCAGGAGCCAGAGGGUCCAAGGCAGAGCCCGGCUGCAGCGCGUCCCCGAGCCUCGGCAGACUCCUUUCUCUCUCCCUGGGAGCGCGUAUCCAGAUCCACAUCUUUGCUCAAGCCGAAGUGGAAGAGGAGAGAGAGAGACACACACACGUACACCAAAAAAAAAAAAAAAAAAUCAACCAAAAAAAAAAAACCCACCCAAAAAACACACUUAGCGGAAACUUGUCAGAGAAUGCUCCUAAAGUCUGGUUUUCUCCUGCUGCUGGUGAUCAGUGCAUCUGCAUCCUAUGAAGCUGAACAGAAUGACUCUGUGAGCCCCAGGAAGCCCAGGGUUGCAGCCCAGAACUCAGCCGAGGUGGUUCGCUGCCUGAACAGUGCCCUCCAGGUGGGCUGCGGGGCCUUCGCCUGCCUGGAGAACUCCACGUGCGACACGGAUGGCAUGUACGACAUCUGCAAGUCCUUCCUCUACAGUGCUGCUAAAUUUGACACUCAGGGAAAAGCUUUUGUGAAAGAAAGCUUGAAGUGCAUUGCAAAUGGGGUUACGUCCAAGGUGUUCCUUGCCAUCCGGAGGUGCUCCACUUUCCAAAGAAUGAUCUCCGAAGUGCAAGAGGAGUGCUACAGCAAGCUGGACAUGUGCGGCAUUGCCAAACGAAAUCCCGAGGCCAUCACGGAGGUCGUCCAGCUUCCAAAUCAGUUCUCAAACCGGUAUUACAACAAGCUGGUGAGAAGCUUAUUGGAGUGCGAUGAAGAGACUGUCAGCACCAUCAAGGACAGCUUGAUGGAGAAGAUUGGGCCCAACAUGGCAAGCCUCUUCCACCUGCUGCAGACAGAUCACUGCGCCCAAGGCCACCCGCGUGCGGACUUCGCCAGGAGACGUAUCACCGAGCCGCAGAAGCUAAAACUCUACUUCAGGAACCUCCGAGGUGAGGGGUCCGUCCCGGCCCACGCAAAGCGCAGCUCUGCCGAAAGCGCGUAACGCCGCGGGGGAGCCCCAAUGGGUGUGUAAGGGAUGCUAAGCACUACCAAAGCUGAAGUCUCUCUUCUAGAAGAGUAAUGCACCCAAACCAAGUGUACUGUAGCUAGUUUUAAUAACAACCAGGAACUGGUUUUAGAUUUAGUCAUUAAUAUUUUCUAUUCCUCUCGAACAAAACUUUUGCAUGGGUCUGUGUUCAGUGUCUCAGCUUUCCCGCCGUCAAAAUGUCUCCAUCUCUUUUCUUCCCCACAAAAAUAAACCCCGAACAAUCUUAGUCUUAACUAUAACCGUACAGUAGUCAGGCCUUCAGACACCAAACUCUAAACGUACUGUAGCGCUAACACCAUUGAGGUCUGAAGAUUUGGCACCAAGGAGAAUAGCCUGUUCUCUCUGGUAUUAAGCUGGUAGGCGACGAUAGAUGCACUAAUAACUAUUGCACAUCCUAAAGAUGUCAAUGGAAUUCGUGUUAUGAAUCUGUGCUGGCCAUGGACGAAUAUGAAUGUCAUAUUCCUGGUCUCUUAGUGUCAUACAGUCCUAAUCCUUCCAAUACAGCUCCGUUAACCCGUUGAUUUACCGAACUCACUAGCUGUGGACGAGUCUAGUUACCGUGACCUGGCACCACAGUGCAAAAUGAGUUAAAACUAACCCCCACCACCACCCCCGACACACACCAAAUCAGAAAAGGAACAUUUUGUACUACGGAAAUGAUUAAAAGAGGUGCCAGUCGAUGGUUGAAGCUAGUCAGAAGGUUACAUAAUCCUGCAUUGUAUUUAAAAGCUAACAUCUAUGUACUGUAUUUAACUGUCUAAAGCUUUAAAAGAAAUCUAACAAAAACAAACCCUGUCUUAAGACUAGAGUAUUAAAGGUCUUGCUCUAACUGUGGUAUAAAUAGUUUUAAAAUCUGUCAUGUACUGUACAUAAAUUCCACGAGAGUCUGCUUAAAAGAAGCAGAAUAUAAUAACUUUAUUGCAUAAACUUAGUUUUGUAAGUUAGCUAUUUCUUUUUUUUUUCUCCGGGAAACAGUAUCUCUGUCGUAUUCAAGAGUUCACAUUCUACUCUGUGGCCUUUUUAUAAUGAAAGAGAGAAAACGCUUAGGACAGAAAUUACAGGGCCAGAAACAAGGCUCUCUUCGCAGAGUGAAAAUGGAGGUGGGGGACAAAAAAAACAGGAAAAAAAGAAGAAAGAGUUCAGACUGGCCAGUCCUAUCUCCACAGAGCUGCUGUGAGACGUCGUCAUACCCAAGGCACGAGUGCUCCUGGAGAGCUAUUUGGGGAAUUAUCAGAUGGCUGACAAAAAGCUGCUUUGGGUUCUCAGAGCUGCCACAGGGUAAAACUUCCUUUAGAAAGUUGAUUUCCGGGGAAAGGCAGGAAAAAAAGGAAAAAUCCUUCCAUUCUCUUAAGCUUCAGAAGUAAAGCGGUGUGCCCGCCUUUGAGAGGACACAUGCGUUCAUGCUCUCCGCUCUGCCUUUCCUCCAUCCGCCUCUCCGGCCGGCUCUGCCCACGGGAGCGGAGCAGCCGUGGCUGGGCCCCCCCUGGCCGCUCUCUGCACAGUAGCCCGCCCGGGCUUCGGGGAGCCAAAAAAAGCCACACUGUGGCAUGCCAUCAACGAGGCCAGUUCCACGCUCCCAGUCUAUCCCGUUGGAGUCCGCCUGCGGAGCGGAUGCCUCUUGCUCAACUAGUUAGAGAGCUAAUAAAGGAGGGAUCUAUUUUUCUUUUCGAAAUCUAAAGCAAUAUAACUUUUUUUUUUUUUUUUUAAAAAAAAAAACCACAAAGCCUUUAAACAAUAACUUGCUGCUAAUAUAUUGAAACCAGAUGCAGUGGCAGCAUUGCUAAUAUUGCUGUCUUCAUUAAAUGUAGCCCAAAAGUGCUGUCAUAAAAUUGUAAGCAGCAAAAAAUGUUGCUGACGGUAGAGGGUUGUUAUUUUAUUUUUUUUUAAUACUCUGAAUCGUGCCGUCCAGGGCAAGCAAGAUGCAAUAUUGCUCGUUCUUAAAUCGCAGUCAGGUAUGUAGAGUCCAACACAAAGUUUUGCAAGGUGAAAACCAAAGGCCCUUUGAAUAUCCUCACCCUAAAAGUUUGACUUCGGCUUAAAAACCGAUCCCAGAGCUGUGCAUGUGCGACUCGCCACCCGGCAGCAUCCCACCCCGCUGCACCGCUGGGAGACGGGCACCACUAAAUGGGGAGUUUGCUGGGGUCUGUGCAUCAAGCGCAUAUCGCUGUUUGGGGAAAGAUUUACAGAAAGGUCCAUCCCCAGCUGGAGGUGGUGUCCCAGCACCCGCCAGGGUGGCUGCAUGGGUGCUACGAGCCCAGCUUUGGGCCGUGCGAAGCAGCUCCUGCUCUGGGUUCCCCAGGCCCCUGGGGCUGGCACCAGCAGAGCUCGCUGAGGACAUCUAACAGCCACCAUUUUCUGUGGAGAUGCUCCUCAUGAGGUCAUCUACCAGUGACUACUUUCCAUGGAGGUGCUCCUCAUGAGGACAUCUACCAGAGACUACUUUCCAUGGAGGUGCUCCUCAUGAGGAUAUCUACCAGCCACCAUUUUCUGUGGAGAUGCUCCUUAUGAGGUCAUCUACCAGUGACUGCUUUCCAUGGAGGUGCUCCUCAUGAGGACAUCUACCAGCCACCAUUUUCUGUGGAGAUGCUCCUUAUGAGGUCAUCUACCAGUGACUACUUUCCAUGGAGGUGCUCCUCAUGAGGAUAUCUACCAGCCACCAUUUUCCAUGGAGGUGCUCCUCCUGGCAAGUGGCUUCUUCGUUGCUUUGCGCAUCCCUCUCUAUGGAAAGCCAAAGAAAGUUUAUAAAGUUGAAUUGGGGACGGGGCGGAGCAUUAGAUUACCCCAAGCGCUAUCUUUUUUGGGUUGUAAUAAUUAACUUUGGUUUUCCAGUAGGAAUUUGAACUUCUUGUCCCCUUAAUACGGGUGGGAAGACAACUGGGAAAAAUGAUUCCCCCUGCUUUGGUUUGCUCUGGUAUGACAGGGAAACAUCCCCUGUGCAAACCAAAGCUCGGCCUCUCCGCGCCGCUGGGGUCUCGCCGGAUGCCCCGUGCUGGGGACAGCCCCAGCUCCAUCACGAGAUUUUUUUGAGCUGCUUUAAUGGCACUUUUUUUUUUUUCGCCUCUGCUGAAGUAGGAAGGGAGCCACACAUGCACACGUCCCGGAAAUCCAAAGGCCGGGGGUUCACCUUGCCCAACUUUUGCCAUCCAGCCUAAGCAGGUCACGUAAAGCUCUUCUCUUUUCCGGGAAGGGGACAUGGAGACGGGAGAGGCGCUUCCCGUCCCCUGGGAAGGACGCCCCAUUUUCGAUGGUGUGACUUAGGUGAGAGAGAUCCCCCUGGGGAUGGGGAAGGAUUCUCAAUAUUAAGUCCAGCUAUUUCACGUUUUAUUUAAUCUCUUAACGCUUUAUUUUUUUAAUCUUGCGUUCAUGGCAAAAUGAUUUCUCUUGGGGGCGGGGAGGGGCUUAUCUAGAAAUGUUUGCAUGAUUCUCAUUGUGAUUUGUUUGCACUUUAGAUGUUUUGUGCCAUUAUAAAUUUGCAUUAUGUAUUUAUAAUUUAAAGAUACUUAGAAGGGGGAGAGAGUUUGGGGUUUUUUGUUGUUUUUUUUUUUUUUUUUGCUGAGUACUGGAAUAAACAGUGAGCAUAUCUGGUAUAUGUCAUUAUUUAUUGUUUAAAUUACAUUUUUAAAGCUCAGUGUGUUCAUAUAAAGGUUAUUUGAAACAUAUCAUAGUAAUGAGAAAGAUGCAAGUUAUUUUCUUUGCUUAUUUUUAUAAUUAAAGAUGCAUAACAUA